GAAAAAAUGCAACCCUUUUGCUUCAUGAGGCAACAUUUGAGAAUGACUUGCUUGAGGAAGCCUUGAAUAAAAAACAUAGUACAACUGAAGAAGCUGUAAAAAUUGGAGAGCGAAUGAAUGCUCAUUCAAUAUUAUUGACUCAUUUUAGUCAAAGGUACCCAAAAGUACCGGUAUUCACAGAUGAUCACGGUAAAGUUGGAAUUAGUUUUGAUUUUAUGCAAGUGAGUAUUGGUGAAUUAUAUAAAUUGCCGAAAUAUGUUAAAGCCCUUAAAUUAUUGUACUGCGAAGAUAGUGAAGAGGCCAAAGAUUCUAAGGAUGAUGAUGAUUGGAUGCAAGAAUAA